AGGGCACCAGUACCCCCAACUCCACUUGGCCCGGCGCCUGCCCCCUCUGCUCCCCAGCUGCCCGAUCCCAGGUGUGCUCAUGCAGCCAUCUUCCAGGCGCACCGUGAGCCCACCCAUCCUGUAGCUGCCCUUGCCCCUUUUCAGUUCCCGGCUUCUCCCGGAAGCCCCACCUUGGGCUCGGGGGGCGCGGGGAUCCCAGCCCCAAACGCCUGGCCGGAGGCGGGGCGGGGCGCACGGGGCCUUUAAGAGGCGCGGCAGCGCGGACCCGGCUGACGCGGGCAGCUCCACGACUAGCCACCCGCAGCGCUCCGGCUCCUCUCUUCCGACCGCACCGCAGCGAUGGAUGGAGAUGGUGAUCCAGAGACUGUGAGCCAUCCCGAAGAGGCGAGCCCAGAGGAGCAGCCAGAGGAGGCGGGGGCCGCCGAGGCGAGUGCGGAGGAGGAGCAGCCUCGGGAGGAGGAGGCAGAGGCAGAGGAGGCCGAGUACCUGGCCCAGUUGCCGGAACCGCUGCUGCUGAGCGUGCUGGCCGAGCUGCCGGCUUCGGAGCUAGUGCAGGUCUGCCGCCUGGUGUGCCGGCGCUGGAAGGAGCUGGUGGACGGCGCCCCACUGUGGCUACUCAAGUGCCAGCAAGAGGGCUUAGUGCCUGAAGGCAGCGCUGAGGACGAGCGGGACCACUGGCAACAGUUCUACUUUCUGAGCAAGAGGAGGCGCAACCUGCUACGUAACCCUUGCGGAGAAGAGGACUUGGAGGGCUGGUGUGACGUGGAGCACGGUGGGGACGGCUGGAGGGUGGAGGAACUGCCUGGAGACAGUGGGGUGGAAUUUAUCCAAGAUGACAGCGUUAAGAAGUACUUCGCCUCUUCCUUCGAGUGGUGCCGCAAAGCGCAGGUCAUUGAUAUGCAGGCUGAGGGCUACUGGGAGGAGCUACUGGACACCACCCAGCCCGCCAUCGUGGUGAAGGACUGGUACUCGGGCCGCACGGAUGCCGGCAGCCUGUAUGAACUCACUGUGAGGCUGCUGUCGGAACAGGAAGAUGUGCUGGCAGAGUUCAGCACCGGACAGGUAGCAGUGCCUGAGGAUGGCAGCUGGAUGGAGAUCUCCCACACUUUCACCGACUAUGGGCCGGGUGUCCGCUUCGUCCGCUUUGAACACGGAGGGCAGGACUCCGUCUUCUGGAAAGGCUGGUUCGGGGCCCGGAUGACCAACAGUAGCGUGUGGGUGGAACCCUGAGCGACCUCCUCUAUCCCCACCAGCCACCCUCUAGGAAAGAAGCCUGGGGUAGAAAGGCCUUACUUUAAUUCGUAGCAUCCUCACCUGCCUCGCCCACACCUUGUACCUGCUUCUCUCCGGCCCCUUCCUCCAGCCUGGUCCCCAGGGGAGAGAAGGAUUUAUUGUUUGACUGUGGGUUGGCUUCAGGCGGUAGCUUCUAGAGUGUACUAUCUGAGGGGGGUAUGGGGCUGCUGCUGGAUCCCACGCACCUAGCAUUGUAAGCCUGCCUCAGAGUGGGCACUCAAUAAAUAUUUGUCCAAAGAAGUAAACGAUGAAAGUGGGCAUCUCCC